GAACCUGCAACGCCCCGGAGGACACGGAAGACAUGGCAGAGGCUCCAACCAUCGAACUCUCUUCCGUCGCGGACAUCCAAUUCCUCGUGAGGAAGGGGAUGACCACGGGCUAUGAGGUCGCCUCCCUCUUGACACCUGUGGCCUACACGGCCUACGUUCUUGCGAAGCGCGGGAGGUCGGGGUUGCACGUUAACAGGUUACUGCGUGCGACGUGGAUUGGAGGGGCUCUAGGAGCGGCUGGUGGUGGCGCACUGUCGUAUGCCAGGCAUUCAAACUCUACUGUAGAGGCCGUCCAAAAACGGCGGAUGCAAAUCAUGUACGAUGCAAACCGUCUACGGCUCGAGGACCAUGCAGUCAUCGGUGGCGUACUUGGAGGCGUGUUGACAACAGCCAUCUUCCUCAAGCGCGCGAGCGUCGUGAAUCUAAUAUUGGGAGGCGGUGGGAUCGGCACGGGCCUCGGAAUGUUAACGCACUACGGGAAGUAUGCCGUGGGCGACCGUCCGGCCCCAAUAGUUGCUCCUCCGCUGUCAGAGUGAAUUUUCUGCACGAACUUCCAUGCCCGUUAUUGUCGCGGACUCGCCUCGAAGGACUGUUUGCCCGCGGCGACACAUGCAGCCCCCUUGUACUCCCACACGCCUGGGAGGCUGCAACGGACUUCGUACCCUCGUCGAUACGUACCAAGUACACGUCGAAGCCAGUAAGUAUCACUCAGCGCUUCCUUUGUACUGUGGGCCACCAUGCCUUUGUGUACCCAAACAGGCAAUUCCACC